AUGAAGAGGAAAGAAGAACUUGCUGGCAUUGUUUUGUCGACUUGCACGCACAGAAGAGGAGGUGGGGAGAUAUUUGAAGCACAUAAAGAGAAAGAAGAGAUUCCUUCACCUGUUUGUACAUGUGAAGUUGUAUGUACAGAAGAGGAAGAAAAAGGGAGAUGGUUUAAGCACUAUGAAGAGGAAAAAGAGAGUGAUCCACUUGUUUGUGAAGUUGUACUCCCGGAAGAGGAGGAAGAAGAGGGAUGGUUGAAGCACUACAGUAGCAAACAGAGCAUACUUCUAGUGGGUGAAGGGGACUUCUCUUUCUCUGCUAGCUUGCAAAGGAAUUUGGUUCUGCAGCUAACAUUGUGGCUACAUCUCUCAAUUCAAGAAAGUAAACAAUUUUAA